AUGGGUGGUAUACCUUCGCGUGAGGCACCGCCUACCUUCUUCUCUCUGCGGUAUGGAACACAUGAAGUGGGACUUAUUCCUCUUGUGUAUCGGUACUUUCACAGCGACAACAGGGAACUGCGGCAUCAGUUCAUUCGUAUGCGCAAUGACCCAAGUGUACGCUACAGCUUUAUGCGUGAUUCCAAGUACGAUAUGAAGGAGUUGCCCCCGCCAACCUAUUCUGAAGAGAAGCUGGACAAGUUUCUUGGUGUUAUCGACGAGACACUCUAUAACUCUACUGAGGCGAUGCUUGAAGAUGAGGAGGCUCCACUGCGUCCUGUGCCAUGCGCUGUCUGUUUCGUCUACGUGAAUGGUCGGGAAGGAUCUGACUGCUUCUCAUUCUACGGCCGGCGCAUUAACGUGAUUGGUCACUUCGGCUGCCACACCCAUGAAGAUCGGGCGGACGAAAAUCCAUGCCUACACGUGCGCAAAGCCAUCCUUAAGGCGGCUGGUGACCGCACACUGGAACGCGUCGUGACACUCGCAGGAAUGGUGCUGAAGGAGGAGUUCUUCCGUGCGGUCAUGUCGGUGCGCCCCACUGCGAAUGCAUUGGACUUGUUUCAACGCCGCAUAUCGCGUCUAUCCCUCGUCACCACCACUCCAUGGAAUAGUUACCCAACGCUCAAGUUCCUCUACGAUUCCGCUGUUGUGGGAUGGGCUGUGGGGAAUAUCUCAGAUGAAGACGACCGGCCACGCUUCACCACGUACGAGGUGGAGACUAGCGGUGAGUGCGGACUUCAGAUGGAGAUGAGUGGGGCCUUGCUGCUUCGCGCCAUAAUGUGGGUGUGUGGCAUUCUAACCCCCUCUGCAGUGCGCAGCUCGUGGGAGCAGUUCGUUCUGGAUGAUGCCCGCUCACAGCAGAAGGACAAGACGGUGGCGCACUGGCUGGCGACAAGUCCGCAUGUAAAGACAUUCCUCGGUGGCGAGGAAUUUACUGCCCACGUGCAGGCCCACCUUGCGGGUUUGCUAGGUGAAGUAGUGCGGGCGCGUGAGACGCCGAGCGAUGACCAAAGUCUUUGGUGUCCCAAACAAGAAUACAGUCACGACGGGAAACUCUACCGUAUCUUUAACUCCCCCAUCUGUGGGCCGUUCCUCACGACGGUGAAGAUGAAGCAAGAUAAGAAGGGGGAUAUAGCUACUGAACGUAAGGGUAACGGUGGAUUUGAUCAGUUGAAGGCUAAUAACAAUGACCCGAGAAAGCGAGGUGUCAUGCCAGCAAAAAUGCGGGGACAGGGCAACCUCACACCGCAAGCCUACGGUGGUCGGCCGCCCCCGCCGCAGUACCAAGAGAGCAUCAACAACGUCAUAACCUCAUCAUACCUCGCCGCCCCAUCGCCGAAUAUCUGCCCUAUUCCACUCUCCACCACCGCGCUGACCCACGGAAUACCUUCUCCCACCACGGGGGUGCCGUCAAUGAUGAUGCUUUCACCCGAUGCCUCAAUGAAGCCCUACCACACGCAGGCAGGAACUAUACCCGUUGCGCCCACAUUUAUGCCGUUGUUUCAUGGCGCAGCGACACCAAACGCUGUGCCAGUGCAGCCGUACGGAAUGCCUUUCAUGGUGGUCGGUGCAUCGGGGCAGACAGUGCAGCAACCGAACAUCAUUGCAGUAAGUGGCACCGGGAAUGGGGCGGUUGGUGGUGAGAACAGGGCGGCACCUCCGUUCGGUACCUCACCGCCGACGGCAACAGCAACUCCGUCGACGCCAUCGGCGUCGACGACGACCACGACGACGACAUCCCCAGCAGCAGCAGCAGCACAACCAGCUGUAAACGGUGCAGCCUUCGCAUGCGCGAUGAAUGGGAUGCCGUUUCUGGAUUCCGCGUCCGCGCAGUCCCUUGCAAACUAUGUCUUACUACCCGACGGGCGAAUUGGGAUGCUGAGCGCCGCCGCGGCGUCUCCAGGCGGGUACUGGAGCUAA